CUGCUGGGUUAUAUUUGUAUUCUGGCCUUCAAGCCACUGUUCAGUUUUCGUCAAAACCCAGGCAAAGCGGCAAAGCUUCAAUCUCGCCUUAUUAUAUCAACAACAUGGACCGUGAGGACCACCACCAGCGCCGUCGAGGCCAACAACAGCAACGACACAGCCGUCAACGACGCGAGAAGAAUGUGCUCUCAACCCUGGACCACAACCAUUUCCAUCACCGGCAGGAAGGAGCCAAAUCAAAGCCACGAAAACCCGUAGGCUUUCAUCAUCAGGACCGACGACUGCCUUUGUCGUCAGAGCGCAAACGCAAACCUCCCAGCCGAAGGCGCUCCUCUCACGGGUUUCAGCGACAACAUCAGCAAAAUUCUGCCUCUAAAAGGCGCCGUGGUUCAGGCGAACUACGAAAAGAGAGGCGCCAAAACCAAUCACAAUUUAGGGGGUCGUCGCUCAAGACAAAACCAACCAUUCACACUCUCGACAAUGACAGUAGCAGUGACGACGCCGAUGACGAAGGCGAAGAACCACAGAAUUUUGAUGAUGAUGAUGACAGUGACAUGGAAGCUCCCUACUACCAGCCUUUGAAAUUUCCAGGAUUGAGUCAAAUGCUCUUGGACCCAAUCCCCGCUAAAAAGGUCCAAGAAGAGCCCCUACGGCCAGGUGAUAUCAUUGAGUACACCAACCCGCUCUUUGUCGCUGGAUCCAAACAAGGGCGACGCGUGGCACAAGUGCUCGCCGUCAAGUCCAGAGGGGAUUUUGUUUUGGAACUCGACAAUGAUGAAUUGCUCCCGAAUGACACGCGCAUCCGACGCGUCCGUGAAUUCCGCGACAAUCGAUUGUUCCAGCAUGCCGGCAUCUAUCGACAAGUCGAAGACUUUAAGCUCGUUGCAGGACGGCUCACCAACGAAAAAUUCCUGCAGCGCAAAGUCCAGAAAAUCAAAAAGAUUCUAGAAGAAGGCAGCAAGGAAGCGCAGAAAAUCUUCCUCGAGACAUUUCAGAAAGGCAAAACCCACAAAAACAAUGGCGGUUCUUCCAGUAGUAGUAGUAGUAGUAGUAGUGACUCGCAUUCUUCCGAUUCAUCAAGCAAGGGGCCACCAAAACACCCCAGCAAGGGCCAAGGAGCUACCAACGCUUCUGCAGUAGAUUUGCUGGAGAGCAGUGGUGCCGAUUCAGAUCUGGAGGAAUUGUUGCGGCCCAUCACGUCCAUCAAACGUAAAAAGCGAUCGCCGUCGCCCCAGAAAGGAAACAGCAGCAAAAGUAACAAACCCAAAGAGAUAGUCCGUGAUCUGCCGCAACGGCGCCCACUACAAUCACCGCGCCAAAAACAAGACAAUGUUGCCAACAAAAAGAAGGGUCCCUUGGAGGCAACAAGCAGUGAAGAAAGUGAUGACGCCUGCAUGGUCGUCGAUGGCAAUGCAUCGAAACCCAAAUCUGCUUCGCCCAGGGCGCCAAAAGGAUCGCCCAGCAAUGUUCUUGUCAAGCAAGCGUCCGAGACGCAAACGUGUAAAAGUCGAGGUGUGUCACCCAAAAAGGCAGCUCCGUCAUUUUCGCUAGGCAAGCUCCAGCGCAAGCAGAAACACGGCAAUUCUCUGGGCAAGGCAAACCUUGGGGCUCAAGCAGAAAAGCGAAACAAGGAAACAGCAGCCCGGGCGCCUCUGAUCACACGGAAGAAACGCAGCAGCAACGACGAUAGCAUUGAUCUUCUCAGUUCUGAUGAGGAGUCAACGGUUGAUGAUGAAAGUAAUCGCAAUCGCAAGGAAACAAAACCAUCAGCUACACCAGCAAAGCGGAAAGAUCGACAAUCUAGCGACAGCGUCUUUGACUUCCCCGACAACACCCAGGAUGACCGUGUUGCGGCUGUUGAGGGCUUUGGCCGUAGGACACCCAUUUUUGUUCGAGACGUCACCAAUCCUGAUCAGAGACAAUCGUCUGGGAAAAAGUCUGUUCGCAAAACGCCUCCCAAUAGCACUCCUUCGUCCACGGUGUCACCGUGUCCCAAUCAGAGGCCACCGCGGAGAUCUCUUCGGUUCUCCUCACCGAUGCCUCGGGAGCAGGUUUCUUCCGUCAGAAGACACGAAGAGUCCACGGAUCAAUCGCAAUCCACACAAGAGAACCACCAACAAAUGGAUGAUGAUCUUGCUGAUGACGAGGAAAAGGCCAUGGCAGAAUCCAACGAUGAAUCGUCGCAAUCAACCCGGGAGAGACAGUUCCAGUCGGACUCUGGUCUUUCCGACGAAGAGAUGAAUGUCAUGCGAAAGUCAACCAAUAAAACGUCUCAAGUCAAUCAUUCUCCUUCGGAUUCUGAUCUUUCUGAUGACGACAAAUAUGCAACACGAAAUGCCAAUGGAUCGUCACAACCCCCGCAAGGGAACCAAUCUGAUUCAGAUGACGAUCCUUCCGAUGAUGAGAAGCAAGAGCAGGAAAUAGUUGACAUUUCUUCCGUCGGAACGGCCAACAGUUCUGGGACGGACACAUCGGAUUCUGAAAAGCUCAGAAGGAACUCGACAUCGGAAUUGUGCAUAGUCAGUGUGAAUCGAAAGUCAAAUCGCAGACCUACAAAGCGACCAAAGGGGAAACCCAAGACUUUGGCGACGCCAAUGAAAUGUUCAAAUGGACAAGUAGCCUCAUCCUCAUCGGAAGAGGAUGUUCACAACGACACCCCUCCGACCACGAUCAAACAGCGAAGCCGCAGACUUGCUAAUUCUCGCGAAGAUGAAACAUCCGGGGACAAAGUUGCGCGACAUGCGCUGUUGAAGAAGCAGAGUUUGACAAAUCAAGUGGGUUUCACUUUGAGCAAGUACAAGAUUCCCAGGAAAGGGCCGCCCCAGGCGGCCCGUGCGAAAUCGGUCACCUCGCUGCAUGUGAGUGCGAAGUGUCCAUCUUUCUAUUCUCGCGAAAAUGACGGCAGAAAUUCUGGCGUCCAGAAGCGAAAGAAGACUCGCGACGAGGAUCUAUCGCUUGACCAGCCAAGUCAGUACUCAACAACUCAAAGCAGCGACACAGCCAUGGCAACACCGACGAGUGGCCUCAAGGGGCUAAGUCUCUCUAUUGAGACCGCGGAUAGUAGUUCCGAUGAUGCUAUCACCGGAUCAACGGGAUUUAGUCGACGACAGUUCCAAGAAAUUGCGGAGCACGAGGUUCCAAGGAGUAUAGCAAAGGGCAGAAGGAGAAAGUCAUCUAGUAGUUUCCAGUCUGGUUUGAGCUUCACCAAAGUUCCCAGAGGCUGUCAUUUCUGAUGCAUCAUUCAACCAGAAUGCUUGUCGUUUUGUCGCCCGCUCAGCUCAGGCUGGCCAGCUAUGUAUUAGAAGCAAUCUACAAAACCUCGAAAUAAACUGGACCGACCGGUAACUACUUUUUACU